AUGGACGCCUUGCAACCCAGUGCAUACACCGACAGGGUCAAGUUGGCAACGAGGAGGUUGAGAGAUGAAAUGUUGAGCCAAUAUGCCAUUCGAGCGGAAGCCGUCGUUACGCGACUGGAAGCAACUGGCACGAAUUCUACCCAAGAGGAAAGAGACCGUGACUCUGAUGAGUUCAUUAAUGCCUGCACGUUGGUACACGACGCUGUGAAAGAGAUCCGAAACGCUCUGCUUGUGAAUCGGCAUCCAGAAGACGUUGAUUCCGACAAUGAGUACGAAGAUGAUGGUCAAACAAACGUGCAUGAUACUGCCAGCCGGAUCUCAGAAGGUGAAAACCAGCAGAAAAUCAUGAGACGUUUGCCUGAGGAAGACAAGAAGAAGAUCCAGGAGCAGAUAGAUGUGUUCAAGAUAACACAGACGAAGUUUGAGCGUGAAGUAGCCAAAUGGGAUGAGAGUGGAAACGAUAUUAUUGUGCUAGCUAAGCAUAUGUGUAUGAUCAUGACGGAUAUGACUGACUUCACGAGGGGCCAUGGUCCGUUGAAAACAACAAUGGAUGUUAUUCGGGCUGCUCAGGAAAUAUCUGUGGACGGGUCAAAGCUGAAUGCAUUGGCUAAACAAAUUGGCGAUGAAAGUGUCUGA